CAUGGCAGCGAUCCCUCGACGGACUCUCCAAAGUGAUCGCAAGUGGCGAUGCGGCAGCCGCCGGCGAGUAUGCUGCGGUAUUGGCGACGACUUGUGCACCGGUUCUAGCCAAGGUCGAUUUCGGAGGGAGUGCUGCACCUGUACAAGAGUCUACGAUCAUACCAAAGUCGUCAGUCGCAGUUGUUCGCCAGUUUCGGCCUGGAGAUCAGGUCUUGAUUGGUACUAG